ACCGUUCUUUGAAAUAAGUCAUUUUCUUUGUUUAUUUUUAGUAAUUCUUUUAUUUUUGUUUGCAGAAAGCAUUAGUUUUAUUUUCUUUAUGUGCUUCAUUAAAGUACCUAAUACAAAAUACAUAAGUUGUAACUAAUUACCUUCGUGACCAGUAAACGUUUGAUUCGAGUUUUUUCCAACUUUCUGGUGGGAUAUCUUAGAGAUGCCUUUGACUGAGGAAGAGAAAAAACGGCGGAAAGCAGAGAAGAAAGCUAAGAAACUUAGAGAAGCUGAAGAAUUGAGGAUAAAAAUACGAAAGGAUGAACUAGCCAGGGAAGUGAAGACCACCCAGGGAACGAUAGCUAACCGGAUGAAACUGUGGUACAUGCGAAACUAUGCUGCCCGUUUCCCUCUCAUUAAAGAUGAUAUGGAGAUUGCCUGGCACUCGUUCGAGCACGCCCUAGACACGAAAGACUUCAUCAUCUGCCAACUCCAGGACAGGAUGGAUGAGGCUAAGAUGCAAGAGGCCAUGUCUUGGCAAGACUUUGUCAUCAAAGUGGACAAUAUGAUACUUGACUACCAAAAGAGGAUAGACAGCAUGGACAGCCAAUACCAGGAUCAUGUGAUACAAAUGCUGUAUGAUGCUGUGGAUAAGGCACAAAUUCAAGAAUUGAACCAGCUGGAUCUUGAAGAUUACUACAAGACUGUGCUGUACAUCAUGGAGGAGCAAUUCCAGGAAGCAUCAACCACGGCACAGGGCGAGUACGUGACCAAGAGAGAUGAGGAAGCCAAGAGGGGCCAACAUUUGACAGAGAUGAUGAGUGCUGCCUUGGAAUUGGCUGUGAGGAAGAUUACAACGGAUAUAAAGCAAUGUCUUCAGGAAUACAGAGAGUCUACAGAUAUCAGGAGGAAGGAGGUGGAAAUCCUGAGAGCCAAGGACAGUUACUACCUGGAUGUGAUCAGACGACAGGAUAUCAGGGUGGCUAAGUUGUGUGAAGAUAUGAGUAGUCUGCAGAGCCAAGUGAACGAGAGGUACGAGUCUCGACUAGUUCUGGAGGACCUGAAGAGGGACAGAGAGGAAACGUAUGGGGAGUACACGCAAGCCCGUGCCAGUCUCAGCCGGUCCUCUAAGCUAGACUCGACACAACUGCUCACUCUCACCACAGAGAGCAAAAAUAUCAUCAAACAUUUGGAACAAGUUAUGGAAAAGGGGGAGAAAAUUCUUCGCCUUGGAGUUUUAUGCAGGAAUUUGGAAACUCAAGAAGAAAAGGUGGUUCCUUUUGGGUUUUCCAUUGACAAUAAAUCUGAAGAAUUCACGGAUGACAAUGGAUACAGCCCUUUCAUAUUAUUCUGGAGGAGAUACGCCAGUGCCAACUUGAUCAAACGGAAAUUAGAACCCACGCUGAAAACACUCAAGGAAGAAAAUGAAUGUCUUAAAAAUCAGUUGGAGACAGUUUUAGAAAUUCUAUCAUAUUCACAAGCCUGAAUGUAAGAAACCAUUAUUGUUAAAUUAUGUACACUCAAUGUCAAUUAUAUGUACUUUUGUAAACUGCAUAUGAAUCUGAAAUUUGAACAAGUAUCAAAAACAUGUAUAUUCUUAUAUACUUAUUAAUACAUUAAACUAUAAUUUCUUGGAAAAAAUAUAUCUCCACUGUGUAUUCAAUGCAGUGAAAAAUAGACUGAGUAAAAUAUA